AUGUUGUAUCUUCCUCUUGUCGCCCUCUCCUUCGCCGCCAGCAUCCCCUUGGUGAGCGCAUACCCUAUCACCGGUGAUGGGGUCAACUGCCGCUCGGGCCCUGGUACCAGCUACAAGGUCGUCAAAAGCUAUCCGAAGGGCCAUCAGGUCUCCAUUGUCUGCCAGGCCACUGGUACCGACGUCAAGGGCGACUCGCUCUGGGACAAGACGUCCGACGGCUGUUAUGUCGCCGAUUACUAUGUCAAGACCGGUACGACCGGCUACGUGACCAAGCACUGCGACGGGGGCAGUGAUGGUGGCAGCGGUGGUAGCGGUGGUAGCGGCAAUCUGCCCGGCCUGACUGCCACUCAGUCAUCUCAUGCUCGUGAUAUCAUCGGUGAAGCAAAGAAAGAGAAUCUCGGUCGUCAGGGUUGUCUGGCUGGUAUUGCAACUGGUCUGGUUGAGUCCAACCUCCUGAUCUACGCCAACAGCAAGGUCCCCGCGUCGCUCAAGUAUAAGCAUGAUGCCGUAGGCCACGACUAUGACAGCGUGGGCAUCUUCCAGCAACGGGCCAUCUACUAUCCCGACAUCGCUGCCGACAUGGACCCUGCUCGUUCUGCUGCUCAGUUCUUCGCCAAGAUGAAGAAUAUCAGCGGCUGGAAGACCAUGAAUGUGGGCAAACUCUGCCAGAAGGUCCAGGUGUCCGCCUAUCCGGAUCGCUAUGCCCAGCGUGUCUCGGCUGCUGAGAAGAUUUGUGCCGCCGGUGGACUGUAA